AUGGACAUCGCAGGCCCGAAGCCCGAAGCCUUGUGCACCGCCAACUCUGAUCAAACGCUUUCCAGUUCUAAUAGUCAACGAAACCCGAAACAACAUGGCCCCAGCACAACCGGAUCAAUGCUACGGAUUUCGCUGUGGGUCUCGUUCGCUGCAUGGAUCUCGAACUUUGACAACGGUUAUUCCGGCACUGUCCUCAUCAUGCCUUCCUAUACCAGAACAUUCGGGACCUGCGAACAAGUCUUGGUACCGGACACCUACGCCGAAGUUCAACAUUGCACAAUAACGCCCCUACAACAAUCCCUCAUUAGCUUGAAUUACCUAUUUAUAGCCCUCGGCGGCGGAAUAUCAGGCCUGACAGGCCAACAUCUCGGCCGCAGGGGUUCAAUCCAGAUCGGAUGCAUGCUGGCUAUCAUCGGCGCGGCUGGAAUGCUCGGCACCGGUGGCAGCUUCCUUCACUACAUGGUGUGUCGAUCGAUCAGCGCCGUAGGAAUCGGCCAUCUGAUAGCAGCGAGUGUUACCUACGGAUCGGAAUGCAUUGUGCCCAGCAAGCGCGGCCUGUCGCUAGGGCUGUACAAUGUCGGCCUUGCCAUGGGAAAUGCUGCGUCUUCGGCAGUGUGUGCUGGAUCGGCACGUCUCGAGCCCUACAAUAACUGGCAGUGGAAGACUCCUAUUCUAUGCCAGAUACCGUUGGGAAUCAUUCUUGGUGCUGGUAUCUUGAUGCUUCCCGAGUCUCCACGCUGGUUUCUGGGCCAUGGUCGGGAAGACGAGGCUCGGCAGUCGUUCGGCGUGCUGUAUGGACUGAGCCCGUACUCGCCUGAUAUCACUGCCCAGAUUGACGAUAUCAAAAUCCACCUUGCGAAGGAGCGUGCGUUUUCAGAAUCAGUGUCGUGGUAUGAUAUCUACUCCAGGAAGCAUAUCCGCCGCACCUUGACGUCAGCCUUGAUCAUGGUUGGACUUUCAAUCACCGGUAUUCAAUUUGUGCAGCCGUAUGCAGCCUUAUUUCUCAAGGGGGUUGGAAUGGGCGACCCCUAUCUCAUCAACGUCAUCAUUGGCUUGUGCAUUCUAGGGGGUUCAUUUCUUGGACCAUUCAUCGUUGAAUACGGCGGAAGAAGAAUUGCACUCCUAUCAGGCUACACUGUCAUGGCCCUGUGCAUGUUGAUUCUUUCCUCUGUGAACUCAUCUCUUGGGACAGACGGCACGGCACGAACAGUCGUAGUCGUCCUCCUGUGUUUGUGGGCUUUUGUCUUUAGCGGAACUAUUGCGCCAGGUGCGUACCUAGCUUCUGUUGAGAUGCACAGCGUUUCGCUUCGAACCUUUGGACAAGCAAACACCACAGUCUUCCAUGGCAUAUUUUCUUUUGGUGCAACAUUUUGGACACCAUACAUGCUCAGCCCGAACUAUGGAGAUAUGGGUACCAACGUCGGAUAUUUCUACGCCGGAGUUACCAUUAUCGUGGCAGCGCUAGUAUUCUUACUUGUACCAGAGACUGCACAGCUGACGUUGGAGCAAAUUGACGGUUUGUUCAACUCGGGAAUUAUGGCAUGGAAAACUUCAGCUGCCGGAAACAAAGCCUUUAUGUUGUCUAGAAAACGAGACACUGGGGAUGACCCCGAAGCGUACGGGGCAUAG